CCGGCCUUUCCCGCCCUCACGCCAGGAUUCCCAGGGAUUUUCCCACCCUCUCUGUACCCCAGGCCCCCCUUGUUACCCCCCACACAACUGCUCAAAAGUCCCCUCAACCACACUCCGGACACGAAGCUCCCCAGCCCCCUCGGGAACCCAGCGCUUCCGCUGAUCUCUGCAGUGAGCAACAGCACCCAGGCCCCUCCAGGGGAGGAGAAAUGUGAAAGCAACCUGGAAAACUCCUACCUGGAGAAGCUAAAAGCCAGGAACAGUGACAUGUCCGAUGGCAGUGACUUUGAGGAUGUCAAUACAACCACAGGCACAGACCUGGACACCACUACUGGCACCGGCUCCGACCUGGACAGUGAUGCGGAGAGUGACAGGGACAAAACGAAAGACAAGAGCAAACAAAUGGAGCCCAAGCCAGACUUUGUCAGCAGCUCUGUGUCUGCGAGCUCCACCAACACCACGAGCGAGAUCCCUCUCUUCUAUUCUCAGCAUUCCUUCUUUCCUCCCCCCGAGGAGCACCUGCUGCCCACCACGGGGGCAGCUAAUGACUCUAUUAAAGCUAUCGCCUCCAUCGCAGAGAAGUAUUUUGGGCCUGGCUUUAUGGGGAUGCAGGAGAAAAAGAUGGGGUCGCUCCCCUAUCAUUCCAUGUUCCCUUUUCAGUUCCUUCCCAACUUCCCACAUUCCCUCUACCCUUUCACGGAGCGAACCCUCAAUCACAACUUGCUGGUCAAGGCAGAACCAAAGUCACCCAGGGACCUCCACAAAGUCGGCAGCACCAGCUCGGAGUCACCCUUCGAUCUCACCACCAAGCCAAAAGAGAUUAAGCCAAUCCUUCCCCCACCCAAGGUCCUGCCAGCCCCGACCUCAGGGGAGGAACAGCCACUGGAUCUGAGCAUUGGCAACCGCAUCCGAGCCAGCCAGAACGGGGGAAGAGAGCCACGGAAAAACCACAUCUACGGGGAGAGGAAGCUGCUGGCAAGUGAAGUCUUACCCAAGAUUUCCCAGUCUCAGCUGCCUCAGCAGCCAUCCCUGCACUACGCUAAGCCAUCGCCCUUUUUCAUGGACCCCAUCUACAGGGUGGAGAAGCGGAAGGUGACAGACCCUGUGGGUGCCCUAAAGGAGAAGUACCUGCGACCCUCCCCGCUGCUUUUUCACCCCCAGAUGUCAGCCAUCGAAACCAUGACGGAGAAACUGGAGAGCUUUGCAGCCAUGAAGGCAGACACUGGUACAUCCCUGCAGCCCCUUCCACACCAUCCCUUCAACUUCCGAUCGCCACCGCCCACGUUAUCCGACCCCAUCCUGCGCAAGGGCAAGGAGCGCUACACCUGCAGGUACUGUGGUAAGAUCUUCCCACGCUCAGCAAACCUGACGCGGCAUCUGCGGACACACACUGGGGAGCAGCCUUACAGGUGUAAAUACUGUGACAGGUCGUUCAGCAUUUCCUCCAACCUCCAGCGACACGUUCGGAACAUCCAUAACAAGGAGAAGCCAUUCAAGUGUCACCUGUGCAACAGAUGCUUCGGGCAGCAAACCAACCUGGACAGGCACCUGAAGAAACACGAGCACGAGAACGUGCCAGUGAGCCAGCACUCCGGAGUCAUCACAAACCACCUUGGGACCAGUGCCUCUUCCCCCAACUCGGAAUCAGACAACCAUGCACUUUUAGAUGAAAAAGAGGAUUCAUAUUUCUCAGAAAUCAGAAAUUUUAUUGCAAAUAGUGAGAUGAAUCAAGCGUCAACUUUAGCAGAUAAAAGGUAG